AUGAGGAAUAGGAAGAGUAGAAAAAGGAAAAAACAAUUAGAUGAACAAGGCGGCGUGGAUGGAGAUGGCUCUGAAGAUUCUAACUUUAGCGACGUCUCCUCCAUACAGUCUCUAGAAGAGAAAAAAGAAAGAAUAUUUAACCAAUAUUCUUCAAAAAACGAUACUUUUAAUGAAUCCGUAUCAUCAAUAUUAGAAAGGAAAGUGAGAGGUUGGCUCAGUGGUGUGAUUGACGACAUGAGACGUAGUAGCCCUGUGCAGCAGUGGCUGGAUUCACUACCUCCUGAAACUGUGAUUGAAUCUGAAAAACCAGAUGAGGAUGCAGCAGUUGAAGAAGUUAAAUCAAACAUAAGCAACCCAGAUGCAUCUGCAACUGAAAAUACAGUUGUAGAAAUAAUUGGUGAAGAACAAACUUUGAUUGAGAAGUCAUGGGACAAAUCAAAUGAUGAUAAAACAUUAGAAGUUCCUGGCUCUAAAGAAGCAUGGAAAAGAAAGUCUUUAGAUAGUGGCAUGCUGAGUGGCACUCCUAGAAGUAGCAGCAUAAAGAGGCUGCAGAGAGAUCACUCUGUGCAAUCUGAAGGUUGUUCACCAAGGUUCAAGAAUCCUUUGCUCAGGGAUCAGUCUUUACAGUCUGAUGCAAGUGGAUCUAGUGGUAGCUCAGUCUUGAAUGUGUUGGGAGCAAGAAAAGUUGAUGCUGAAUCAGUUUUACUGGCAUUAGGAUUUGGACCAAGUGAAAAGCAACAGAAACUGCAGCGAAUACCUGACAGAUUCUUAGUGCCAUCAAAACUUAAAGGCAUUAGUACUGAUGAAUUUAUUAAAAAUGAGCAACAUUCUAUGCGUAUGCACGACUGUGGAGUUUUUGGAUACAGAGGUCUUACAGGGAAUCCUCAUGUUCCACCGUCGACAAUUGUAGCUAAAAUUAUGGAAUGCAUCUUGCACGACGACGUGAGCCGCGAGGAGGCGCUCUCUAGGGCCCGGCACUCCAUCGCCGACAUGCGGUGUCCGCCCGCCGCUUACGGCUUUCUGGCAUCACGAUUUCGUAAUCAUUAA